UUUGACAACCCUGGGAAAAGUUCCAAGACAAGACGCUGUCCUGUUAUUUUCAGAAUUGCAACCAUACGGACGGCAAGGACGAGCAAAAUCAUGCCCGAGUACAUGCUGUGCAGGAUCUGCUUGACGGAGGACAUCAACUCGGAGGCGAUGGCGCCCCUGUUCGACGACGAGGAUGCCCAGUGCCGGGAGCUGGUGCGCAAGAUCGAGGAAGUGGGCAGCAUCAAGCUAGUGCCACUGCAGAACAUCCCGAGCAUGCUGUGCUACAGCUGCGUGGAGCGGCUGACCAGUGCCCACAAGUUCCGGGAGCUGUGCCAGGGCGAGCGAACGUUUGCCACCAAUGUGGUCAAGGCCGAGAUGAAGUCGGAGCCCACGGACGAGGUGGCACACAGUGCGGACCACAUCGAGUACAUCUAUGAGUCGGCCAACGACUUCAUCGACGGAGUGGAGGAGGACAUCGAGAUGGAGAACAUGAUGGAGGAGCGCCUGGAGGACGCCACUGUGGAUACGUCCGAGUCCUUCGAGAUUAACACUGUGGUGGACGACCUGGACGACAAGACCUGCUGUGCCAAUAGCACCGAUAGCGACUACCAGCCCAGCGAGCGCUGCCGCAAGCCCAAGGUGCGGAAGACGCGGAUGAGCAAACGCGGACGUGGACGACCCCGCGGCUCUGGCUCAGGCUCGGGACAUCGACGUAGCCUUAGCGGGGACCGAGCUGCUGUGCAAUCCAGCUGCAAUCCUCGCCCGAGGAGUCCUCCACAACAUCAUGUGCGAGAUUUGGGCAAUAUCUACUCCAAGCGGGCGGCCCUCAACAUCCAUAUGCGCCGUCACUUGGCCGACAAGCCAUUCGAAUGCGAAAUCUGCGGCAAAACCUUUGCGGGUCCAUCCGAGCUGAAUCGUCAUAGAGUGCACACGGGCGAGAAACCCUUUACGUGUAAAUUCUGCAACCGCUCGUUUGCGGACCGCAGCUCCAACAUUCGUCAUGAAAGAACCCACACAAACGAGCGACCCUUCACUUGUUCCACCUGCGGCAAGGCAUUUUCCUACUCCAAUGUGCUAAAGAACCACAUGCUCACCCAUACGGGCGAGAAACCUUUCCUUUGCCGCCCCUGUAACAAGACCUUCUCCCGCAAGCAUCAGCUGGAGCAGCACAUCGGCACGAUGACCCACCAACAGACCGUUAGGAACCACCAGAAAAUGAACCUAUGCGGCACUCAGAGAUCUACUAGUCUUAAAAUUUGCAAUUAACGUUUGCAUAGAUAAAUGUAUUUUUAAAUAUAGAGAUUGUAUAAUAAAGAGAGUACAAAUGGUCCGAGCCGGAUGUGAAAAA